AUGCCACAGGCUAAAACCAUUGCCAUCGUUAAUGCCACCGGCCGUCAAGCCGCGUCCCUCAUCCGCGUCGCUGCGGCCGUCGGAUACGCCGUGCGCGCGCAGGUGCAUACUCUCGAAGGCGUAAUCCCCGAAGAGCUCGGCAGUCUGCCCAACGUCACCCUCUUUCAGGGUGCGCUGCUUAACAAUGUCGGGCUCAUGAACACCCUUUUCGAGGGCGCCACACACGCCUUCAUCAACACCACCUCGCAGGCUGGCGACGAGGUGGCGAUCGGUCGCGCGCUGGCAGACGCCGCUAAACGAGCUGGCACCGUCCAGCAUUAUGUAUACAGCAGCAUGCCGGAUCAUUCGAUCUAUAACCCUGCGUGGAUCAGUUUGCCGCUUUGGAGCUGCAAGUUUGCGGUGGAGAAUUAUGUGCGCCAGCUAGGGCUGCCGGCGACGUUUGUGUAUGCGGGGAUAUAUAAUAACAACUUCACAAGCUUGCCGUAUCCUCUGUUUUGUAUGGAGCUGACGGCGGGUGGAGGGUUUGAGUGGCGGUCUCCGUUUCUGCCUGAUAUCCCUCUUCCGUGGCUAGAUGCAGAGCAUGAUGUUGGACCUACAGUGCUGCAGCUGUUCAAGGACGGUCCGAAAAGAUGGAAUGGCGACAGAAUUGCGCUCGCUUUUGAAACACUCACGCCGCGCCAGGUAUGCGCAGCCUUCACCCGCGCCCUCCAACGGCCGUGCAGAUAUAUAUGGUGUCCCAAAGUCGAGAUCAAAGUCUCCAUCCCUUCCGGCUACCGCGAACAGCUAGAAGGCAUCGAGAUCCUGUUUGGACAGAUGAAAGCCCCAUAUUUCCCGAACCCAGAGUUCAACAAUCCCCCCCAGCUGUCGAGCUCCGAGAAGAUGAUCUCGCUCGAACCUGGGCCGGACGGUGUUGUUCCGCUGCCUGUGGUGGAGGAGGCGCGUAGCCUGUGGGAAGGAUGGAGGAGCAUGGAGGAGUAUGCGAGAGAGGCCUUCCCGGUAGAAGAGGAAGCCAAUGGCCUGGACUGGAUGCUGAAGAAUACCAUGGCAGACAUCGGAGACGACCAGGUUCCGCUGCUCGAGAGGGUCGAGAUGCCCGAGAAGCCUCAGUUCCCCAAGGAGCUCGAGCGCGAGAUAACCCUGCUGCAGGAUGAGUUUGCCGAUGCCCAGAUCGAGCACAUGCGUGUGGGCGUCAACCUCAUGCGCCCGGUGUACGCCAAACGAAACGAGAUGAUCGCUUCCAAGCUGCAGGAUCGCGAUUUCUGGCCUCGUGUCUUCUCCAACUUGCCGGCUGAGGUGGACGAAUUUAUCCUUCCCUCCGACUCCGAGAUCUUCAACACCUGUCUCAAGAAUUUGAACAUCGAGCGCAUUGGCAUCAAUGAGAAGGGCGAGGGCGAACCACGAUCUCUACGAUUCACCUUCGAAUUCGACGCGAGCGAAAAUAACGUCUGGUUCGAGAAUGCUAAGCUCGUCAAGGACUUCCACUGGCGUAGAGAGCUCAAGUUUACCGCUUCCGGUAAGCGCCGGGUUUGGGAAGGAUUGGUCUCUGAGCCUGUGCGCAUCCAGUGGAAGAAAGACAUGGAUCCUACUCAUGGCCUGUUGGAUGCUGCGUGCGACUUGGCGGAUGCGGAGAAGGCCUUCCUUAAGAAGGAAAAGAAGGAGAAGUUGAGCGAGGACGAGCGCAUGAACCUGCCUGAGUUCGAGAAAUCGGUCGAAGUUGCCGCCAAGGUAGAGGCUGAGACUGGCCCUGAUAACGAAGGAGAGGAAGACGGCGAUGAGGAUGACAUUAGCCCUGCUGGGUUGAGCUUCUUCGCCUGGUUUGGAUACCGUGGCGCAGACGUUUCCGAGAAAGAAUCCCAGGCUGCCAGGAAAGAGGAUAAGGAGACCACAGAGAAGAUGCGCAAGGGUGAAAAAAUUCCAGGAGAGGACGAUGAUGAAGAAGAUGAUGAAGAUGAAGACGAGGAGGACUCUUUGGCUAUUGCUGAAAUCUUCCCUGACGGUCAAAACAUCGCCAUCGCUUUCGGUGAAGAGGUUUGGCCCGAAGCUCUUCAAUGCUAUGGUAAGCUCGCGUUCUCUUCUCUUUGGUAUGUAGAUUCAAUCCCGCUAACGAAGGACAUAGUUGAUUCGUACAUGGUUCCGGACGACUUUGACGAUUUCGAGGAUCUCGACGUUGAGGAGAUGGAGGCCCUUAUCGGAGAAGACGAGGAAGAAGAGAAGGAAGAGAAGGAAGACAGACCUCGCAAGAAAGCCAAGAAGGCCUAA